AUGGCCGCACUAUCUUUCGUCGAAGGUGAAGUUGCCUUUGAGGCGCCUGGCGCUGGCAAGCCAUGUAAAACAUGGUACAAGAUUCUUGGUGACCUUGGAUCCGAGGUUCAGCCUCUAAUUGUGCUCCAUGGCGGCCCAGGCGCCGGUCACGAAUAUCUGACAUCCCUGACCGACCUCCACGAGAAGUACGGGAUGACUGUCAUCUUUUACGACCAGAUUGGUUGUGGCCGGUCGACGCAUCUACAGGAAAAAAUGGGAGACGACUCCUUCUGGACAUUUGAUCUCUUUGUCAAGGAGCUGGACAACCUCGUCGACCAUCUCAAGCUUCGUGAGAGCGGCUUUUACCUUUUGGGCUCAAGCUGGGGAGGCAUGCUGGGUAGCACCUAUGCGGGGCGCCGCUCACCAGGGCUCAAAAAGCUGGUCCUCGCGAGCGCGCCGGCCAGCAUGCCCCUCCAUAUGCAAGGCGUCAAAGAGCUCCUCGUGGGCCUUCCGGAAGAGACGAGAAAGACUCUCGAAGAAUGCGAUCGCAAAGGGGAUCAUGAGAGCGAGGCGUUUCAGAACGCUUCGCUCGUCUGGAACAAGAAGCAUGUCUGUCGAAUCGAUCCCAUGCCGGAGCCCGUGCAGGCUGCUGUUAAGCACCUGAAGGAAGAUCCCACGGCCUAUCUCACCAUGCAAGGUCCCUCGGAAUUCGUGGUUGUCGGAACAGCCUUCAAGGACUGGGAAGGGUACAAGUUGUUUGGGCCCGACAUUGAGGUGCCGACAUUGCUCAUCAACGGGACAAACGACGAGGUUCAAAACUUGUGCUUUGAACCAUGGUUUCGAACUAUUCCAAAGGUGAAAUGGGUGACGAUUGAAGGCGCAAGUCACAUGUCGCACUGGGAGCAACGCGGUCGGUUCGUACAGUUGUGUGGCGAGUUUCUCAUUGGCUUUGCUGAGAAAUGA